AGGAGACAGAGAUGCCAGGAGACUGAGCAGCAUCACCGACCGUCAGCCAGCCUCAGCACCUGAUCACCAGAUUCGACCCGGGAAUCAGCACCGGGACGCCUCUCAGGCCCUGCCCGCCCCGCAGCGCGUCAGUCCCGGCUUCGAUCUGCGGAGAGACCCGCCGGAGAGACGCGGAGGAGAGAGAGAGAAGCGGCGGCAUCUGGAGCGGAGGAUGCUCUGGGGUUUCCCAGCAGGCCUGUGAAGAUGAGUGUGACUUCCUGGUUCCUGGUGAGCAGCUCGGGGACUCGGCACCGCCUCCCCAAAGAGAUGAUCUUCGUGGGCCGAGAGGACUGCGAGCUCAUGCUGCAGUCUCGCAGCGUGGACAAACAGCACGCCGUCAUCAACUACAACCCAACGACAGACGAACACCUGGUCAAAGACCUGGGCAGCCUCAACGGGGUAAUACACACUAUAUACUACACACACACUACACACACUACACCUGGUCAAAGACCUGGGCAGCCUCAACGGGUUGUGGGGGAUUGUGUUUCUUUAACCUCUUCUUCACAUUCUCACAUCUACGUUUUGGAGAAAAGUCAACACAAAGUCCCGGAGGAGGCUCUGAAGCAUGAGAAGUACAGCAGCCAGCUGCAGAUCAGUCUGAAGGCUUCAGAGGACCGAGCAAGAGCCGAGAAAACUCAGAGUACCAAAAGUUCACAAGAGGCUCCAGUGUCUCGGCCCACCCCUCUGUAUGGUCAGCCAUCUUGGUGGGGAGAGGAGGAUUAUGGGAGUAAAGUUCAGAGCAGCGAUGAACCUCAUGCAGAAGUCCAGAAAGACGUUUCUUCGUUGGAUCCUGACUUCCUGUCCGACUCGGGACCAAAGACCGUGUUCCCUUCGUACCACCGCGAGCCCAGCUACUUCGAGAUCCCCACCAAAGACUUCCAGCCCCCGAAAACGCCGGCGGGGGCGGAGCUUCACGAGAUCCCCACCAAAGACACUGACCCGCCCACGCCGCCUGCCGUCCAGAGCCACGCCUCCUUCACCAUCGAGUUCGACGACUGCACGCCGGGGAAGAUGAAGAUCAAAGACCACGUGACCAAGUUCUCCACUCGCCAGAGGAAGGCCCCGCCCACCGCCACCACAGCCACGCCCACAGACGUGAUGUCAGCACAGAGCAAGGUGGCUGAUUGGCUGGUGCACAGCGACGUGACCAUGAUGCGGAGACGGCCCACUUGUGAAGAUGUUUACAGCACCAAGAGCGACCUCGCCAUAAACACCAAAAACCUCAAAGGGCAUCACCAUGACGACGGGACCCAGAGUGACUCGGAGGACCCGGAUCUGAAAGGACGGCGGAGUAAAUCCCAGCGCUCUCUGCAGUCCCACCAGUCCGUCCAAUCAAAGUCUGUCCGAUCAGAGUCCGUCCAAUCAGAGUCCGUCCAAUCAGAGUCCGAGGCGUCUCAGCCAACGGUCCGGUCGGUUCUGUCUGCGGCCUGCCAGUCGGUCCCGUCUGGACCGGCGCCGGCCUCCCCAGUGGCCCCCGAGCGCCCCCUGUCCCAGAGUCCACCACAGGCCACCGAGACCCCCAAACAGGCUCCGCCCACACCGGCGCCCGAGCACCUGACCCAGCAGGCCUUCAUCAUUGAGUUCUUCGAUGACAAUCCGCGCAAGAAGCGCUCGCAGUCCUUCACGCACAACCCGGCCCACGGCGACUCCUACUCGGCCCUGAAGGCCAAGCUGGAGCGCCGGAAGGGCGGCGAGCGGCCGGCGUCGGUGCACGGCCACGCGCCCGCCACCCAGCAGGUCACGGUUCCUCUGAAGGGCCCGGGCCACGCCGCCACUCAGCGGUCCAGCUCUCUGAAGAGGGAGAAGACAGACGGAGAGUCGGCCUCUCGCUCCUCCUCCGGUGUGAGCAUCAGGCCCUUCGGCAGCGUGGGGAAGAAGUCCAAGCUGGCUCAGGAGUUCGCUGCUGAACUCCUGAAGGAUUCUGGCCGACACGAUAGCUCCCCAACGAGGGACAACAUGUCCCCUCCCCCGAUGUCUGCACCGCCGGUGAUGGUGUCACCUCCGCAUGCAGGAAUCCCCUCCCCCCCUGCGCCGUCCUCCCCCCAUUCCCCCAUACAGCCUCCAGCCAUCACAAAGUCCUUGACCCCCUCCAACGCUGCUGUCCACACCUCUCCGGUCCACUCCCCCACGCUGCCCCUGGGCAUCCGGGCCGGAGACCCCAAAGCUUCGCCCCUGGCGGUCCGCGCCGGAGACCCCAAAGCUUCACCCCUGGGCAUCCGGUCCGGAGACCCCAAAGCUUCGCCCCUGGGAGUGAUGAUGAGGGGCGAGGAAGAUGACAGCCUGAGUGACGCCGGGACUUACACCAUCGAGACGGAGACGCAGGACAGAGAGGUGGAGGAGGCUCGCAACAUGAUUGAUCAGGUUCAACCUGCUCACGCAGCCGGACUCGAAGGACCUAAAUGGGUUUCCUGUUGGGCCAGUCUGGCCGACGGCUUCGCCAAACCGGGAUCCACUCCGCCGCACGGGGAAUGUCUGGAAGAUUUGCGCUUCAUGAACCGUUCGAUGGGAAACUUCAGCUACGAUACCUCGGAGCCGGAGUCCAGAACCAGGAGGCUGCUGCCCCAGGUUCCCCCCGAGAAACUGGACCCUGUCCCCCCGAGUAUCCUGAUCCGCCAGGAACCGUCCCGCGGCCGGGACCAUCUGGACAGAGUCCGCGCCCCCCACCCACAGGACGGAGCCCAGCGCCUGGCGGUCCUGGACGAUGUGGACCCGGACAGCCUGAGCGACGCCAGCCGCUCCGACGACGGUUCUGUUCUGGAGAAAACAAAGAAGAAUCUAUCCGGGAUCAGUUCUUUGUCUCCGGGGGCCACCGGGCCUCAGUCCAAGGUCCCAGAUAAACUGUCUCCAGCCUCCAAAUCUUCCAAAUCCACUUGCUUCUACAUCGGUUCUGAUGUAGACGGUCCAGGCAAACCUGACCACCACCCUGCCCGGAGCCCGGUACAGUCCGAGAGGACAAAACCUCCCGCGACCACCGUCCUGAUCCGACACCUGAGCGGACACGAACCCCGGCGGACGGGCGUCAAACCUAACAGCUCGGCGCCAAACCUGCGGCAGCAGGACGGGGACUCCGUCCCGGCUAGAGACGGCUGUGUGUCUCCCAUCGUGCGGCAGGAGAGCUUCACCAAAGACCGCCCCAGCGACACCGUCCAGAUGAAGAAGCUUCCCCACAUUUCCAGCCAGCCGUCCCUCAGAGACAUGGAGCGGAGACGGGACGUCCCGGACUCGCAGUCCUCUCUGCAGAGACAGGACAUGCCAGACAUGCAGCCCUUCCAGCAGAGACAGGACAUCCCAGACAAGCAGUCCACCCUGCAGAGACGGGACAUCCCAGACAUGCAGUCCUUCCAGCAGGACGCCGACGGGACUCUGUCCUCGCUGGACUCUGCGUUCCCGUCGUCUGGCUCGGGGCGCAGCUCCAAGAAAGGGGGUUCCUCCACCCACAUGGACGACUCUCUCUCGGGGGAGUCCGACGUGGACACGGCCAGCACGGUCAGCCAGGUGAGCGGUAAAAACGCUCCAGCGAGUUCUGCGUCUAAGAAGCGUCCCGCCAUCAGCGGCCUGCAGAAGGAGAAGUCCUCUUCCAGCCCGUCCAUCCCGGAGAAGGGACGACAACUCUCGGCACGCGAACGGCUUUCUGAGAAACGACGACACCACCAGACGACCACGGAAACGUCCAGCAAGGCGGAAGCGGCAAAGCGCCUGCAGACUCGGCGCAGCGCCGGCAACCGCGGGUCUCUGGAUCUGUCGGAGGGUUCGGCUGCACACUGGAACGAAACGGCCUCAUCGGACCAUGAAGUGUCUCGUCCGUCUAACCGUAGCAAGAAACUCAUCGCGCCUCUUCAGAAAGAAGACAACGGAAAGACGCCGAAGACGCAGAAUCAGCAGGUCCUGACCCGUUCCAACAGCCUGUCGGCGCCGCGGCCGACACGGGCGUCCAUGUUGCGCCGCGCGCGCCUGGGCGAAGCCUCGGAUAACGAGGGCGCAGAGACGGACCGCGGCUCGCAGAACUCGGACGCCGGGCAGCCCAGAGGGUCCACCGAGGGGAAGAAGCUGUCCCGACUGGACAUCUUGGCCAUGCCGAGGAAGAGGACCGGGUCAUUCACCACGCCCAGCGACAGCGAAGCGCCCGUCACGGGCCGAAACGCCUUCUCCAAUCGCAGCUCAGAGUCCGCAGCUAGCGGCAGGAAGACGUCCGUGGGCGACGGACGCCAGGCGGCGAGCAAAGGGGGCGGAGCUCCGGGGAAACAGACACUGACCCGAACCAGGUCCAGCGGAGCCAAGUACCCAAUCACCAGUUCUCGCCGCAGACAGAAAGGCUCCGACUUCUCCUCCUCGUCGGAGGAGGAAUACGAGACCAAGCGCUCCUCCCAUCCCUCCACUUCCUGCCAGACGCCACGCCACAGGACGCCAGGCGCCGCCCGGUCCAAGUCUGUCUCCGUGGAGACGGAGGAGGACGAGGACCCCAGCGAGGUCGACCCGUACCAGAACUGGUCCACGCACAGCGCCGAGAUCGCCAAGCUGAGUCAGGACCUGGCCAAAGAUCUGGCCAUCCUGGCGAAAGAGAUCCACGAUGUAGCCGGAGACGGAGACUCACCGGGCACCGGCGUGGGCGCCGCCACCUCGCCGGGCUCGCUGCCCAACACGCCAUCUACCAUCUCUGCUAGGGAGGAGACGCCAUCUUUUCCAUCCUCGCGGGGGGCUCGUCCAUCUCAGCUGGUCCAACAUAUCCCCGAGGCCAGUUUAAACUUCCAGAAGGUUCCUCCCGGUUCUGCAGUCGUCUCGGACCUGGACGCUAACAUGAACGAGCCGGAGGCCGCUUCUAAGCAACGCCGUCCGUGGAACCGCCAAGAGGUGAUUCUGGACAACCUGAUGCUGAAUCCCGUGUCUCAGCUCUCUCAGGCCAUCCGCGAGAACACGGAGCAGCUCGCUGAAAAAAUGAAGGUUUUGUUCCAGAACAAGGCGGAGGUUUGGGAGGAGAUCGAGGCGAAGAUCAACGCUGAGAAUGAAGUCCCCAUCCUGAAAACCUCCAACAAGGAAAUCACCUCCAUUUUACAGGAGCUGAGAAGAGUCCAGAGGCAGCUGGAAGUUAUAAACACCAUCGUGGAGCCUGGUGGCGUUCUGCAGCCGGCAGCGGUCGGGACACCGUCCCGCGGCCAGACUCGGACGUCCUCCAGAGACAAGAAACCCGCCGCCAAACCCCGCGGUGCUCCCGCCACCAACGCCAAUGAAAGCACCAAAAGAGCACCGCGUGGACCGGACGGGGCGCACUACAUGGCCUGAACGGGCCACCGUAGCUUCUCUGGAGUCUGGAGACACUGUGUGUCCACACCGCUGUCCCGUCCAACCAUCGGUAACCAUCGAUUACCAUCAGUUACCAUCACCCAGGUUACUUUCUGUAGCGCCCAGAGAGGCAGGAGUUACUUUCUGUAGCGCCCAGAGAGGCAGGAGUUACUUUCUGUAGCGCCCAGAAGUUACCUUCUGUAGCGCCCAGAAGUUACUUCUGUAGCGCCCAGAAGUUACUUCUGUAGCGCCCAGAAGUUACGUUCUGUAGCGCCCAGAAGUUACUUCUGUAGCGCCCAGAAGUUACCUUCUGUAGCGCCCAGAAGUUACCUUCUGUAGCGCCCAGAAGUUACUUCUGUAGCGCCCAGAAGUUACUUCUGUAGCGCCCAGAGAGGCAGAAGUAACUUCUGUAGCGCCCAGAAGUUACCUUCUGUAGCGCCCAGAAGUUACUUCUGUAGCGCCCAGAAGUUACUUCUGUAGCGCCCAGAAGUUACGUUCUGUAGCGCCCAGAGAGGCAGAAGUAACUUCUGUAGCGCCCAGAAGUUACUUCUGUAGCGCCCAGAAGUUACUUUCUGUAGCGCCCAGAAGUUACUUUCUGUAGCGCCCAGAAGUUACUUUCUGUAGCGCCCAGAAGUUACUCUCUGUAGCACCCAGAAGUUACUCUCUGUAGCACCCAGAAGUUACUCUCUGUAGCGCCCAGAAGUUACUCUCUGUAGCACCCAGAAGUUACUUUCUGUAGCGCCCAGAAGUUACUCUCUGUAGCACCCAGAAGUUACUCUCUGUAGCGCCCAGAAGUUACUUCUGUAGCGCCCAGAAGUUACCUUCUGUAGCGCCCAGAAGUUACUCUCUGUAGCGCCCAGAGAGGCAGAAGCUUUCUAGACUAGUUCGGCUUUUUUUAUUGUGUUGUUCGCAGUUUCCAUAUGGCAAGAAAAUCAUUUAAGACAAAUGUUCUGCAAAGAUGGUAUUCAUGUGUUGGCGGUGGUCAACCUGUUCUCUCUCCCAACUCGUAAAUACUGAUGCUUGUUCAGCCGCUAACAAAACGUCAGAAAUGUAGCAGAAAAACGUUGAAAGAAGCGACGAAAACAGCGGGUAAAAAGCAACGAAAACGUUGAAAGAAGGGACAAAAAAGUAGAAAAACGGCAACAAAAAUGCUGGAAAACUGACAACAACUUCGGGGAAAGAAAUGCCUGUAUGUGAGGUAGUAGUUUAAAGACAGACAACAGUAGAGAGUAGUGGAAGAAGUACUCAGAUUACUGCAGUACUAAUCAUCUCAGCUGGACUUGUAGGCCGUUAUA